AUGGCGAUGCUGAAGCUGUCCAUUUUAGCUGCAGCGUUUGUGUGCGCUUGCGCAGUACCACAUCCACCUCUACGGAACACUAUAUUCGGAGAUGAGAAACUAGAAGGUCAAAUCUUUGAAAAUUUGCAGUAUCAAGUCGAAGAUAGUUCAUCCCGAAAUAUCGCAGCUAAUGAAUACCGACUACCGACUACAACAAUACCUGUCCAUUAUAAUGUUUUAUGGAAUAUUGUUCUUACUACUUAUUUCAUUUUUAAUGGAGAAGUAACAAUCAAUCUAACCCCUACACAAGCUGGAGUGAAUGAAAUAGUUAUACAUUCAGAAGAUCUAAAUAUAACUAGUUUGAGUUUAAAAAAACAAGGUUCAGAGGCAAACCUAGAAUACUCCUAUUUUCUUCAACCGGACUUAGAUUUUUUACGGGUGCAGUUGUUUAAUAGUACUCUAGAUUAUGAUGCCAAUGUUGAAAAUAUAUACGAAUUGACGAUAGGAUUUUCAGCUUCCUUGCGUACUGAUAUGUACGGAAUAUACCGAAGUUGGUAUUUCGAAAAUCCUAAUAAUACUGCCCUACCCAUUUAUAUGGCAUCUACUCAGUUCCAAGGGACAUCAGCUCGUAAAGCGUUCCCUUGUUAUGACGAGCCAAGCUUCAAAGCUACGUUUGAUAUAAGAAUACGUCACAGUACACAAUUCAAGAGUUGGUCGUGUACAAGAAUUAAUAACACUAUUCCUGAGGGAACAACAUAUGUCACCGACGUGUAUCAUACUACACCAAAAAUGUCUACAUAUUUAUUGGCGCUUAUUGUAGCCGAUUAUGACUCCAGGCCCGUAAAUAAUACUCAAGGCCUUAUUACUUACGAAGUUAUUGGUCGUCAUGCAGCAUUCGAAGACAGCCAAUACGAAUACGCUUUUGACGUUGGCCAAGCCCUUCUUGCUGAAAUGAAUAACAUUACAGAUAUAGAUUUCUAUGAAAUUCCUCAUAUGAAGAUGACUCAAGCAUCUAUUCCGGAUUUCUCAGCGGGAGCUAUGGAAAACUGGGGUCUGUUGACUUACAGGGAGGCCUAUCUUAUGUACAAUAGUGAACAUACAAACAGCAAUUCCAAACAGUUAAUUGCGUACAUUCUCUCUCAUGAGAUAGCUCACAUGUGGUUUGGAAAUCUCGUUACCAACGAAUGGUGGGACGUUUUGUGGUUGAACGAGGGUUUCGCCAGAUAUUAUCAGUACUUUUUAACACAUGAGGUUGAAACAUACAUGGAGUUUGAAACUCGCUUUAUCACAGAACAAAUACAUACAUCAUUGUUGGCCGACUCAGUAACCAGUGCGCAUCCUCUCAGCCACUCUGGUAUUGGCAGCCAGGAAUCAGUCAGCGGUAUGUUCUCUACCCUGUCAUAUAACAAGGGUGCAGCAGUCAUCAGAAUGACGGAGAAGCUUCUUGGAUCUAAUGUUCAUAAACAGGGCCUCAGGAACUACUUGAAAAAUAGGGCAUUCGAUAUUGCUGCGCCUAUUCAUCUGUUCCAAGAACUUCAAAAUGUGGCGGAAGAGUUCAACGCCACAGAGGAGUAUGGAGCAGACUUCUCUGUAAUUGACUAUUAUCAAUCAUGGACAGAACAAGCUGGACAUCCGGUUCUUAACGUUCAAGUUAACCAUCAAACUGGUCAAAUGCUGAUCUCUCAGCAACGUUUCGACAUCAACAGUGGUUACAGUACAGCUUUGAGGAAUUGGGUCGUACCUAUUACAUUUGCCACUAAAAGCAAUCCAUACUUCGAGAACACUAAACCUACUCACGUUAUCAGUGAUGGUAUUGCGAUCAUCAACCGUGGCUCAGUAGGAGACGAAUGGGUCAUCUUCAAUAUACAACAAACAGGUUUUUACAGAGUAAAUUACGAUAAUUACACUUGGGAUCUCAAUGCAUUAGCCCUAAGGCAGAAUAGCGGUAUUCACGAAUAUAAUAAAGCUCAAAUUGUGAAUGAUGUCUUCCAAUUUGCAAGAGCUGGCCUAAUGCCCUACCACAGAGCGCUCAACAUCCUAUCUUUCCUUGAAAAUGAAGUUGAAUAUGCUCCCUGGGUGGCUGCAAUUACAGGAUUUAACUGGCUGAGAAACAGAUUGGCUGGUACGGAAAAUUUACCAAAACUAGAAAGUUUGAUUGCAAACUGGACGACCACUGUGAUUGGUAAUAUUACAUAUGAACCCUUACCUAACGAGACUGGAACUAACUUCAUGAGGUCGUACCUUCGGAUGCAACUUGCGCCGACAUUAUGUGCAAUUAAUGCUCCCGGAUGUCGUGAUGUUGCCAUCAGACAGUUCCAAGAGUUUGUUGAAGGAACUGAGGUUCCAGUCGACAGUCGCCCCUGGGUAUAUUGUAACGGUCUUCGAAACUCUACAAAUGCUGUUGUUAAUUUCAAUUUCCUCUACAAUAGAUUUAAAACUCAUACAGUAUAUAACGAGAAGAUUGUAAUACUAUCCGCACUUGGUUGUACAAUUCAUAGGGAAUCUCUUAUUACGUUCCUGACUGAUAUUUUUGAAGACAAUUAUAUUAUUCGUCCACAAGAUUAUAGCACCGCUUUCAAUGCAGCUGUAUCUGGGAACGAGGAAAAUACACAAAUAGUGUUUGAAUUCAUAAAGCAAAAUCUAACUCUGGUUGAAAACGGUUUCCGGGUUACUUCUCGAUUCCGAUCUCCACUGAUCUCACCUCUGUCUACAAUUGCGUCUAGAUUAAGAACUGAGGCUGAAAUAAAUGAGUUCCAACAAUGGGCUGUAGAGAACCGGCAGGUGUUGGGAUCAGCUUUUGGUCCAGUCAUGAAUGCUGCAGAAGAUACUCGUCAGAGUAUUUCGUGGACGAAAGGAAUAGAAGGCGAUCUUUUGCUGUAUCUCGAAGAAGGAGGCGCGAGUAUUCAGACCAGUACAUCUGCACCUACCACCACGCCAUUACCAUCAUCUACCGUCACUGCUAACCCGGUAGUCGCACCACCAACCCCUGAGCUACCAGACUCUGCCGUUACUAGUGCACUUUCUAUUAGUAUAAUUGUAGGCGUAGCAAUAAUUAACUUCGCUUUAUAA